AUCCAGACUAACACGGCUACCCUUCUGAUACCCACCAUUUCAGUUACUAUUAUGCUUAAUUACUGGUACAGAUGGGAUUAGGUUGGGAGUCGCACUCAGAUGAGUGCCAGGGGAGGGACACUGGGAGCCAAUAAGGAAAGGGAACAUUCUGGCAUUUUCUAACUUUUGAGUGCUUAACUCUGCAACCAUAAUAAUGGCCCUUGCAUGUAAUUUUUGUGUGUGUAAUUAUUUAUUUAGAAUUACAGUAAUGCUAAACAUUCCAGUCAUAAUUAGAGCUCCAUUGUGCUAGGUGCUAUACAAAUACAUAGGAAGAUGCAGUACCUGCCCCAAAGAGCUUAUAAUCAAAUGUAUUUAAUAUUUAAGACUAGAUAUACAAAUCUUAAAAAGCACCUAAAUGACUUUACAGCCUACUGAUUUUAAAUUUGAUUUUGAAAAAUAGGACUUGCCUCCUAAGUUACUUAGGUGCUUUUGAAAAUUUUACUCUGAAUCUUCAUUUAUUUAUAUCAGUUUAAAAAAAGAAGGAAAAAACCCAUUAGAAAACUUGGUUUCCUGACCAGUUAAAAUUACGAAGUUCUAACAUGGUUCCUCAUCCCAUCACUAACAAAACACAACAGCUAGGUAGACACAAUCCCCCUGCCUAGAUUUUUCAAUCUAGGAUUUAUUAUUAUUACUUGUACUGUGGUUAGCACCUGGGGACCCCAGUCACAGAUCAAAGCCCUACUGUAUGGGGCACUGUACAAAUACAUAACAACAUGUAUUUGUACAUAACAUGUACCCUGCCCUGAAGAGGUUGCAGUCAACGUAUAAAACAAGAGACAACAGAUGAAUGCAGCAAACAGAUGGGGAGCAUAUGGAGACAAUCCAACAAUUCUGGCAAACAUUUAAAGCAGCAGCUACAGCAUGUCAGCUGCCUACUUAUUUGUCUAGACAAUCAUGUUUUAAGGAGGGAGAAUACAGAUGAGGAGGACUUGAGUGAGCCAAGAGAGGUGGUGUGCAGAAUUUGAGAGAUUUUUCUAGGCAUGGGAGGAAGCAGAGAAGAAGACAUGGAGACAUUCAUAUGAGGACAUAAAGUGGUGUCAAGAAGCUGCAUCCCUGGACCAGGAUUGGGAACAUGGAUGACAGUGAAAUCCUUCAGAAAUUGCAUACUUACCUUGCCAUUUCUUAUAAUAGUCUCUCUCAACUGUCAGAAAUUGCACGUGCUGAGCUAGGAGGCUGAGAAAAGAGAUUAGUGCAAGGCUAACUACAUGUAUGAUCUGUGGCAAGGAGAACGGGGAGACGGCUAAGAGAGAGCCAUAAUGUCUUUAAGCUGCCAGACAAUUUCUACUCGACUUGGUGUUCUUAAACUAAACGGCAGAGGACUGCUAUGCCUUUUGGUCUUUACAAUAAGUGUAUGUGGCAGUGCCUCUGGCUUGUGUCCUACAGCCUGCAUCUGUGCUAGUGACAUUGUAAGCUGCACCAAUAAGAACCUCUCUAGGGUGCCAGGAACUCUCUUCAAAUUCAUAAAAAGACUGGAUCUGAGUUAUAACAGAAUUGCAUUUUUGGAACCUGAAUGGGUCCCGGUGCUUUUUGACAAACUGAAUACUUUAAUAAUCAAUCAUAAUAGUAUUAGCAGUAUUAUCACUGGAAGCUUUUCCACAACUCCAAAUUUAAAGUACCUAGACUUGUCAUCCAACAACCUGAAGACACUGGGAAGCCCUUUAUUUCAAGAGCUGAGAGUACUGGAAGUUCUCUUGCUUUACAACAAUCAGAUAACACAGAUUGAUUCUGCUGCCUUUGGAGGAUUAUACAAAUUGCAGAAACUGUACUUGUGUUGUAACUCACUGUCACACUUCCCACUGGACUUGUAUAUUGGAAAACACAAACUUACAGAACUUGUAUUAUUAGACAUUUCCUAUAACCACAUCCAGUCAGUACCCAUUCAACGCGUAAGUUUAGUACCGGCCAAACAACUCAGUGGAAUUUAUCUUCACGGUAACCCAUUUUACUGUGACUGUACUCUAUACUCUAUGCUAAUUUAUUGGUAUCACAGACACUUCAACUCAGUUGUGGAUUUCAAAAAUGAGUAUGCCUGUGUAUUACGAUCUGAUCCCAAAGGUUCCAAUAAAUUGCCUUUAUUGCACGACAACUUUCUGAAUUGCUCCGAAAGCACCAUCAAUGUGUCAUUCCAUGCCUUUGGGUUUAUUCAUGAGGCCCAAAUUGGAGAAAGGCUGAUUGUACCCUGUGACAGCAAAAUUAGUGAUGCAGGCACAUAUUUCAUCUGGGUUAGCCCGGACAAUAGAUUACUAGAGCCAGAUAAGGACACUGACAAUUUUAAGGUGUUUCACAAUGGGAGUCUAGAGAUAAUGGAUCCCCAGCUGGAGGAUUCUGGGCUGUAUUCAUGCAUUGCAAUAAAUAAAAGAAGACUGUUAAAUGAAACCAUAGAGGUUAGAAUUAAUGUAAGCAAUUUCACAGUGAACAGAUCCCAUGCUCAUGAAGCAUUUAACACUGCUUUCACCACUCUUGCUGCCUGUGUAGCCAGUAUUAUUUUGGUACUGCUUUAUCUCUAUCUGACCCCAUGUCCUUGUCAGUGUAAGACAAGAAGAAGAAAAAGGAAGCUGCCCCAAAGCAGUGCCCAUUCAUCCAUCCUAAACUCCACUCCAUCUCAGGAUCCUCCAGCUGAUGAGAAGAAAUCCAGCAGUGGUAAGAGAGUGGUGUUCCUUGAGCCUGUGAACGAGCCAAAACACGGGCAGAAUGGGAAAGUGAGACUGUUUCCCAAAGAAACUGUCAUAGCGGAGAGCAUCUUGAAAACAACCCGAGCAAAAUCUGACUCUGAUUCUGUCAACUCGGUGUUCUCAGAUACACCUUUCAUGCCAUCAUCUUAGUUUGCUUUCUAGUGUGCAGUUAAAUCUCUCAACACCGCCCCUGCCUGUAGCAACCAUCUGGAAAAAAAAAUGUGGCAAAAAAUGCAUUGUCAGUAGUCUUCAAGAACAGGUCCACCUACUCCUCCUGUGAUUGGGAUAACAUGCAACAACGUCACACAGGUUAGCAAAGGGUAGAUCUUCACUGUAGAAUUAACUCAGGCUCUUACCCAAUCCCCCUCCUAUCUACACUCAAAAACCUCUCACCUGAGUCUAGGGGUGCCGUCAGUCCAGGCUAGCUGGCUUGUCUGGGGUUGUAGGCUCAAGGGCAAGUGCUGCUUUCACUGAGGCUAGUAACCCACCCAGUUUUCAUUGAGGACUCAGGCUAAAUCCCCACCCGAGUGCUGGUAGUCUAUUAAUGCCUUCCCACAUUCCCCUCAAUGUGCAGAAGGACAGACAAGUUCUCCCACAAUUCAGUGGGAAAGAAUCAUAAAGCAGCUCAGCUUACUGCAGCACACAUGGGAUAUGCCCAUGGCCAUCCUAGUAACACACACAGGUGAGUGCAGCACCAGUGAGGAAACAGAGGGUAUGUCUACACUGCAGAAAACCCCCCACAGCAGUAGUCUCAGAGACCUCAUCAACUGACUCGGGCUUGUGCUACAGGGCUGAAAAUAACAGUGUACACACAGUGUAGAUGCUCCCACUAAAGCUGCAGCCUGGGCCCUAAGGCCCUCCCCCUCUUACUGGGUCUCAGAACCCAGGCUCCAGCUGCAGCUGGAAUAUCUACACUGCUAUUUUUAGCCUCAUAGCCUGAGCCCCGCAAGCCCAAGUCACUCAACCUGGGCUGUGAGACUCACUACCUUACUGCCUUGUAGAUGUACCCAGUAACUCAGGCAUGGCUUUGGAGGGUGGCUGCUCACACCUGGGCUAGGCUAACCUGGGACCUCAGACCUGGGCGGGUAUCAUCCAAGUUAACUUUGCAGUGAAGACUUACCCAAAGUGUUAAUGUGAAGGUGGAGGACACUUUGCUAUGUGUUUUCUAGAUACCAGUUGUGGGGAAAACAAGUUUGCUGUAGAUGAUACUGUCUUUUCAAUCUGUGUGCUUAUAAGAAUCAGAAUCUUAAAUAUAUGGAUCUGGGUGUAAAUUGGAAUAUCAGGGAACAGAACUGCAGUCCGCGUGCCUCCAAACAGCCCUUACCAAACCUCUUUCCAUCCUCUAAGCAUUCAGUUUGUAAAGGAAUAAAUGAAGUUACACAA